AUGCGAAAUAAAAUGAGAUCUGGAAAUGCCAACGUCCGCAACUCAUCCAGACCCUCUGUUGGAAGCCAUGGGGAAUUGGAUGGCGGAGACAUCCCAAACGUUCCUUCGUCAGAGCUGCGUGCGGUCCAUAAAAUCCACCUUGCCCGACUGCAUCACAACUACAUUGAAGUCGAAGCAGCAGCGAAUCGACAACGUUGCUCGGUGAUAGUUGUUGUCAAAGCCGACGGAUAUGGUCACGGGGCAAUCAGAACGGCACUCUUUCUUGCUGAUAAUAUGGGAGCAGAUGCUUUCGCUGUCGCAACCUUGGAAGAAGGCAUAGCACUACGCAAGGCCUUUCAGGACACACCUCCUGGGAUGCCAUACAAUCCAUCUGGUGGGAAUUCUCUCCAAGCCAAAAACUCAAAUUCCACUAAAGACGUAGCUUCAUUGUUUCAACCGUCUACCAAUACCACAAAUCCUACAAGAAGUAUCGACCCGUCAUUCUCACGACGAAGAUAUCAUCGGCCGGCCAAAGUCAGAAUAUUGGUCCUGGGACCUCCAGCUCCAGCUAAAAAUGUGUUUGAUGAUUUCCUGCAUUUCAACAUCGAAGUGAUGAUCUCUGGUCCUGAAGUGGCGAAGGCCCUACUUGAAUGGGUUUGCAACACAGAAGAACGAAAACGGUUGCAAGUUGAGAGGGCUGCAACAGAAGCAAAGGAGCGUGCCUUACAAUUACAGUCCAAUGUCCAACAAACACAACAAGGGACAAACCAUUCUUCUCGUUUACGAAAGAAAACGAGUGAUCCUGAUUCCCCAAACAAUGAGAAUUCCGUUAAUUUCAACAUGGAGACUUCGCAACUUUACCGUCCGCCCUCUGCAACACUUGGCAAUGUAACUGGGAUGGAUUUGGCCAAGGAAGUUCGGCAGAUAUUGAAUAACCAAAAAAUGACCAGCGCGUCGACAACAAAUUCUUCUGAUACAACGAUCUUGACAAACUCUUCGUUGAACGCAUCUCCAAAAGGAAAGACAGCCAUAAAGACAUUUCCUGGUAUUGAAGAAGCAGCCAAAAACUCAAGGUCACGCCAUAAAGCAAUUUCCAAAGCGACGAGAUGUGAACCUGAUACAACUGAUGCCCAUCCAAAGAACCCACUUUCUAAAUCGUCGCUAGGGAUCGGAAGAAAACGCUUGCGAUGGCAUGCUUUGGUCGACAGCGGAAUGGGUAGACUUGGAUUUCGUACUGAUACCGUUUCUAGCGAAGAGGAAGGACAGAGGCGUGAUACUGUUGAUAUCAUGAAAGAGCUGCUAGAGUUAGAGGAUAACAUGGAUGUACCGGUUGAGUUCUUUGGAAUGUGUACCCACAUGGCAGAUGCCAGCUCUUCAAGUUAUACAGGCUCUCAAAUGGAGCGCUUCAAGUUCUUACUCAAGAGGGCCCGGGCUGCAGGCAUUUCUGUGCCAACGAUUAGUACAGACAACUCAGCUGCUUUGUUGACAACAGAACACAAACACUUUGACCCCAAAGAGCUUUUGACUCAGGAUUUCACAGAUUCGAGAGGUUUCGUUAGGACCGGUGGGGCUAUCUAUGGACAGCGACCAGCUUUCCACCAAAUCAGAGCGAUCUCAACUCUUUGCGCAUCCGUACGCCAUGUAGCAAUAUUGAAGCAAGGGGAAUCAGUUGGAUAUGAUCGUGCUUACAUUGCACCCUCAGACGUAAGGAUUGCCACCAUUGCGAUCGGUUUUGCUGAUGGAUAUCCUAGGGAGCUCGGAAAUGGAGUUGGAAAGGUUGCAAUACGUGGGUCAUUAUUUCCUGUUGCUGGUAAUGUCUGCAUGGAUAUGCUAAUGGUGGAUCUUGGUCCAGCACAAUCAUCAGAUAGUCCUGGGGCAAGCAUAGUUGUUGGCGAUACUGCAAUUCUCUGGGGUCCUGAAAGUGACGAAGACGGUGAUGGUUUGGUUCGGUUGCAAGACCUUGCCGCACAAUUGAACACAACUCAAUCUGCAUUGACUUGUGGGCUCAACAAGGACCGCGUACUCCGCCAGUAUGAAUAA